AUGGUGAGCCCCACAGCCUCCGACGUGCACCCGACCAUGGCCAUCAAGAUCGUCUCAGCCGGAGUGUCAGCCUGCUUGGCGGAUGUGAUCACCUUCCCGCUGGACACCGCCAAAGUCCGGCUACAGAUCCAAGGCGAAUUCCCAGUCUCCAGCGGUAUUACGUAUAAAGGUGUCCUGGGAACAAUCACCACCCUAGCAAAAACCGAAGGGCCCAUGAAACUGUACAGCGGGUUGCCUGCGGGAUUGCAAAGGCAAAUAAGCUUCGCCUCUCUUAGGAUCGGCCUCUAUGAUUCUGUCCAGGAGUACUUCACCUCAGGGAAUGAAACACCCAGUUUGGGAAGCAAAAUCUCAGCCGGACUCACAACUGGAGGAGUGGCAGUGUUCAUUGGGCAGCCCACCGAGGUGGUGAAGGUCAGGCUCCAAGCACAGAGCCACCUACAUGGUCUCAAACCUCGCUACACCGGGACCUACAACGCGUACAGAAUUAUAGUAACAACAGAGAGCUUCAGGAGUCUUUGGAAAGGGACUACUCCUAAUCUGUUGAGAAACGUCAUCAUCAAUUGCACAGAGUUGGUAACAUAUGACCUGAUGAAGGGGGCUCUUGUGAGAAACAAAAUCCUAGCAGAUGAUGUCCCCUGCCACCUGCUGUCCGCUUUCGUCGCUGGAUUUUGCACCACACUCCUGUCCUCGCCUGCUGAUGUAGUGAAGACCAGAUUUAUUAACUCUCCGCCAGGGCAGUAUACCAGCGUGCCCAGAUGUGCAAUGGCAAUGCUCCACCAGGAAGGGCCGUCGGCAUUUUUCAAAGGAUUUCUACCUUCCUUCCUGCGACUGGCAUCCUGGAACCUCAUUAUGUUCGUGAGCUUUGAACAGCUGAAACGAGAAUUGAUGAAGUCCAGGCAGACAGUGGACUGCGCCACAUGA